UCGCUUUUUUAUCUGUUUAAUCAUUAUCUCUCGUAAGAUCCGAUUAACCCACGUAUCACUCUAUUUUCACCAACUGCCAGUAGAUAGAGUAAAAGUUCGCUAAACCCAGCUAAACCAGCUGCAGCACGAACACAAGACGGAGCAUGCACGUUGUGCCAUAUGAGUGACUGGCAAAAGGGAGCAUUUUAUGAUAGUUCAGUUAGCCGGUAUUCCUACUUAAUAACACGAUUAUUAGAGACUUAAUUUCUAAAUCAUUGAGAUCGACACUGUUGUUACAUCGAACUUAACCUAUAUCUUGUGCCACAUUCACUACAGUUAUAGUGCCAAGUUGGAUAUCACGUGAAUUAUUUAAAAUCAAUUAGCAUAAUUACUGAAACUUUUAGAUAUUCUGUUGGUUAGAGUUUCAUACAUCGCCGGAAAUAAUGAUCAAAAGCGCAGCCUUGAGAUUGAAAUACAUGGGCAGAACUAUCGUUUCUUCCAGAAUGUUUUCCGCGCAAAGUGAAACAGCUCCUACCCCAGAAGAAGAAAAUGAUGUUCUUUUUGAAGAUGUGGGUAAAAGCGGAGUGAUCACAUUAAAUCGUCCAAAAGCCCUCAAUGCUUUGAAUUUGUCGAUGGUGCAGAAAAUUUUUCCAGUUUUGAAAAAAUGGGAAAGUACUAAGGAUUUAGUAAUAAUCAAAGGAAUAGGUGAUAAAGCUUUUUGCGCCGGAGGUGAUGUUAAGUCCAUAGUCCUUCCUUUGAGCAAACCCUUUGGAUCCAAAUUAGGUGAAAACUUCUUUAGAGAAGAAUACACUUUAAACCAUCUUAUUGGCACUUACAAGAAGCCCUACGUUGCGCUUAUCCACGGUAUAACGAUGGGGGGAGGUGUCGGUUUGUCUGUGCACGGCAAGUAUAGAAUUGCCACCGAGAAGACUUUAUUUGCCAUGCCCGAAACUGCUAUCGGACUGUUUCCCGACGUCGGAGGUACUUAUUUCUUACCGAGACUGCAGGGUAAACUUGGCAUGUUUCUUGGAUUAACAGGAUACCGAUUGAAAGGUGUCGAUGUACUACAUGCUGGUAUCGCCACUCAUUAUGUGUCUUCCGAUAAACUCGAGGAUGUAACAACCGAAUUGUUGUCGGAAAACUCGAAUAUUGAUGCUGUUUUGAAACCUUAUUUGCUUGAAAAUGUAAAGCAAAAAUUCAGUUUGGCUCCACACAUCGACUUAAUAAAUGAAUGUUUUUCUACUCCUACGGUUGAAGGCAUCAUUAAAAGGCUUAAGGAAAAAAACUCAGAAUUUGCGAAGAACCUCGUUGCAAUGUUACAUAAAAUGUCGCCAACUGCGUUGAAGAUAACGAAAAAAGCUAUUGAAGAAGGUAGCAAAAAGAGUUUAGCGGAAGCUUUAAUUAUGGAAUAUCGUCUUGCCUAUCACAGCCUUGACAAAGACAGUGACUUUGCUGAAGGUGUAAGAGCGCUGUUGAUAGAUAAAGAUCAAAAUCCAAUUUGGAAUCCUAGAGCUUUGGAGGAGGUAUCAAAUACAUUUGUGAAAUCUCGAUUCGAACCUUUACAUGCCGAACUUGAAUUAGUAAUCUCUAAAUUGUAA